AUGCCUCGCAGACAAAGUCCCAGAAAGCAUUACCCCGACCCCGAUUGUGAAUAUGAUUUAUUCGACCUGGGUGCGCUUCCCGACCCUCCAGACGACUGGACAUUCUACGGCUAUGGAAAGGAGGCCUUUGGCAACACUUCGCGGAUAUUUUCGAGUGCAGUGACCAAGGUUUUAAUUGAUUUCCACUGCUGGGGUAUCGAACCAGACGUACAGGGACGGUCGAAGAAGGAGAGCAGACUGAUGGCCCUCCGAAAGCUGAGCUAUUAUCAGGCUGACCAACAUCGACCCCCAACUCUCAAUGACUUCUUUGAUUUUUCCAGGGAUGCUGGCCCGCGUCUUCUCAGGACCGACUUGCACCCGAUGCCGAAACCGAUCAGUCGUUUCUACCCGACCGUUCCCGAUCCGGGCACCGAUCCUCUCGGAGAGGGUAUUCCUCCUUCCUACGCGCAGCAGUUUGCUUAUCCGUCGGGGCCGCGGUCGAGAACAACUGUGCCAGGUCAGCCAACCUUAGGCCCGUGGCACACAGUUGCUGGUGACCCUUCUCAGAACACCCAGCCAUCAGUAGGCUUAGAUAUCGACAACACGUAUCCAACACCACCCGAUAUUACUCCGCCUGGCAGCGUGGCUAUGAUCCCUCCUCUUGUUCUGCAACCAAGUGCGAUUCCGCCCUCGGCUCCUCUUCCUGGUCAAUCGCAGGCAUUCCCGGCUGUUGUGGAAUCCGUGGAGAGGGCGCUUCUUGGUCUAAGAUACAGACUUUUGGAUAGACAUCCGCAGGCUGCAGCAAACAUCCCACGACCUUAUCUCACGGCAGCAAGUGAAUGGGAUCUCUUACACUUGGAGACACGCGCCUUUGUCUUAACAUCCCAUGUUCGGCUGUCACGAUCUGGUGACGGAUCAGACUUCGUGCUCGACCCCAAUGGCCUUAUCUACGCCUUUCGUGGUCGUGGCCCAGUCUCCCGAAGAGAAACAUCUGCCGUCGACUGCGUCAUCGUGGCUGGGAAAUUCCUCGAUGUCGGAUCCACGAUAAUUGACUGUGCCAGCGAGAUGUUAGGACACACGUUGACCGAGACCGAAAGAGAAUUCAGAACAAUGGCAGAUACCGACUGGGCAGUUCUAUCGCCAGAGGAGAGCAUGGCCAAGAGGGAUGCUUUCCUGGACAUUAUUACCAGAAACCAUGGCAGGGCCAUUCCCGUGUCAGAAGUGUGGCGCAAAUGCACCCAGUCCUUCAGCCAAUUUCACAUUUCGUACACGGAACAGUUUGUGAAAUGUUGCACCUGCUCUCACCCUUUUCCCCCGGUGCUCAGUCAUGUUGUCACCUCGGUAGUUGCACCACCCCAUUUCGAGAGCGAUCAUCAUGGUGUGACAAUGGAGGCGCUCUUGAACAGAUUUUUCGCAUAUCAGUUGUCACAAGAAUGUGGCCAUUGCCGUCGGAGGGACACUAUAGUCCGCGAACGAAGGUUCAACAUUCUCCCUUUUCGGAUGGUAGUUCAACCACAUUAUUCGGCUUCACCCAGGAACCACACGUCCGAUAACAUCAAGAUCAAGUAUUGUGACGAGCAUGGCCAGACACAGAUCGCAACUUAUCGUUGGCUGGGGGGAGUCUACUGCAACAAGAAUGAGACGAUACGUUCGCAUCUCGGGCUGGAGGAUCCGUAUCGAUAUCGGACCUACUGGACGGACUCGGGGCGGGGAGAGAAGGAAACCGGAGAGCUACGCAUGUAUGAUGGCAUGCACAACCUCGGGCUCAUCGUAGGCACCAUCCCUGCCGCCCAUCCGGAUGAGCCAAUCCCUGAAUCGUGGUGUAGGGGAGUGUCCGUUCCCUUACUCUUCUACGAGCAGGUUCUGAAUCCAGACAAGGAAGCCUUGGAAGUGGCCAAGCAGACUGUUGGGGAUAUGUUAUAUGCCGCUGAAAAUGAUGUGUUGAUUCUGCAGAAGCACCAGCCCUGGGCGUCAACCGAUCAUCAGCGCCUCUCUGGGGAAAGAAGACUUGCAUCAAAUACAGAAGCCGGGCCAUCUUCCACUGUGCUGGUUGAGAGACGAUAUGACGAACCCAGUCUGGCCGCGGGUGGUUCCGCAAGUGUUGGCAUCUCACCUCGAGCCCCCCACGGGACAGCCCUCGGAAGAAGGCAUAAAGCGAGAAGCUACUGGACAGUCGCCUUUUCCGGGAUGGGUUCCAGAACAACCAACAACGGUCCAGUGGAUUCAGAAACUGCUGUUCCCGGCGUUGUCAUGAAUCCACAGGGAGUUUCCGAAACCACUGCUCAAUUUGGCCCUAAUUUAACACCUUCAGCUGUUACUACGGUGUCUGCUUUUCCGGAAUAUUCUAGCAACGAUUCGCAAUUCAACAUCGAUCGAUCUGAGGCUGCUGAUAUGGUGAGGACUUCAUCUCAGUUUCCUGACCCUGAUACUCAAUUCAACCCCGAUGCAACAACUGAUAACGCUGACAUUGUGAGGGCUUUAACUCAGUUUCUUAAUCAAUUUUCUGAGACCAAUUUCGCUCCUGAUUCAGAACCCUCUAGCCACGAUGCUCCGUUCAACUCUGAUCCAUCUGAGGUUGCUGAUAUGGUAAGGGAUUCAUCUCGGUUUCUUGACUAUGAUGCUCAAUGCAAUCCAGAUCCAACGUUUGAGGCUGCCGGUAUGGUGAGGGUUUCCCAGCGCUUCCCUGACACUAGUGCUGAAUUCAAUUCUGACCCAACAUCUGACGCUCCUAGCACUCACAAUUACUUAUUCGGCCCGGCUCACGCCGGUUAUUUGAAUCACUCAGUUGCCCCGGUUGGCGGUGCUAGUGACAUCCCGCCGAAUGGAGAGGAAAUUCAUAAUCUCUACUCUCCAGCCAGACCAAACGUUCAACAGUCCGACCCAGGGGAUCAGGCAACAUAUGACGGUGAGUCACAAGUUCUACUACUCCGCAGUGACUUGGAGUUCCUCCAAGCCUAUGACUGUUCUGACAACUCCAAUCCCCCCUGCAUUGAUCCUUCGUCAUUGACUCGUGAAGGUCCUGAUGCGGAGAAAACGACUCAAGAGGGCGAAAACUUUAUUGAACCUUCCGAGAGAGCCCGUGGCAAGAGGCCGGCCGGAGACGCCAACUCAAAUGCGACAUCAUUCCCGAAUCAUCAGCUUUACAAGAGGCCGCGGCCUAAUUGA